CGCUCUAGUAGGGCCCCAGGAGAGUGGCUUCAUGCCACACUCCGCUGCCUCUCUCCCCAGGCUCCGCAAGGCUGGGGAGACAACCUGGAACAGGGCGCGUGUGAUGUGUGGUCGGCACGUAGCCCGCCUCUCGGGGCUCCCCUGAGCUCCAUACACAUCAGAGAGGGAGCAAGAGAGGACAAGCAGACCCAACCGUCUGGCCCCUACGGGGAUAAGGGCAUCGCCUCCUUUGGUGAAGGCCACUCCCUUCAGAUGGAGGAUGGGAACUCCUUUCUUCCUGCAGAGGCCUGCCUGCUGCAGUCCUGCUAGGACAGUGUGGACACCGUAGGCUGCCACAGCUGCUAGCACCCCAGAAAGAAAGCACCCCAGAGCCAAAGCAGAGAGCUGCAGUCACCGGGAGGUGCUGAGAGCCAGCCUGGGGCUGCUGGAGAAGCAGUCGCAGCACACUGACAGUGACAACGCAGGGCGGAUGAGACUGAGAGGAUCCUCUUUCCCUUCGACUGGAGAGGAAAAGCCCUCAGCCUGCGAGCUGUUCAGCCUUGAAACAGCCACAACCAGCAGCUGCUGAGCCAUGGCUGAAGGAGAAACCACAACCUUCAGGGCCCUGACUGAGAAGUUUAACCUGCCUCUAGGCAAUUACAAGAAGCCCAAGCUCCUCUAUUGCAGCAACGGGGGCUACUUCCUGAGAAUCCUCCCAGAUGGCAGAGUGGAUGGGACGAAGGACAGGAGCGACCAGCACAUUCAGCUGCAGCUCUAUGCGGAAAGCAUAGGGGAGGUGUAUAUUAAGAGUACGGAGACUGGCCAGUUCUUGGCCAUGGACACCAACGGGCUUUUGUACGGCUCACAGACACCCAGUGAGGAAUGUUUGUUCCUGGAAAGGCUGGAGGAAAACCAUUAUAACACCUACAUAUCCAAGAAGCAUGCAGAGAAAAAUUGGUUCAUUGGUCUCAAGAAGAACGGAAGCUCCAAACUCGGUCCUCGGACUCACUUCGGCCAGAAAGCCAUCUUGUUUCUCCCCCUGCCAGUUUCCUCUGAUUAAAGAAAUCUGUUCUGGGUGCUGACCACUCCAGAGGAAUCUGAAGGCGUCCUCACCUGGCUGACCCCAGAUUGUACCCUUUACCAUUGGCCGUGCUAACCCCUGGCCCACAGAGCCUAAACCUGUAAUGCGCUUCUACAUGCCCAGUUCACUAUUUUUAGAGCCCUUCGCCCUGGCACAGUUUGGAACUGAGGGACCAAAUGGCUUUUAGGGGCCAGCUGGCUGGCCAGUCUGGGUCUGGUUUGGAAGUCCAGUUGCCUCUGGGCAUCUGCUGCUGGCUGAGCCUCUCGAUGCAUGGGUGGGGCCAAAUGAAGUAUGAGCAGGGGGCUGCCAAGUGGGUUGGGAGUAACUGCAUGCAAUUCCCUCUACAGAGUAAACCCUGCCUGUGAGUCCCCCGAACAUCUGGCAUGAUUCCCUUUCAUCCUUUCAAUCCAUCAAGAAUGUCAGCAGAAAAGUUGAUGGCUAGGUUGGAGGAAGGCAGCUUUCCAUGAGUGGAAACAUGGAUGAAGAAAUCCCCUCUCAAGAACAGAAGGGAUUCCAGUGGCAAGGGGAGGCUGACUGGAUUCGAGUGGGAUUUCAGUGCACAAUCCCACUGGGAGGAUCGUGGGAGGCUCGGGCACAAGAGAGCAGAAUGAAGGCACAGCCUUAGGAGCUGUUACAAUGCCUUGACUUCCCCCUGGUUAUUCAGCAGCAGGAAGCCCUUGGAUGAUGUCAGGUGGAGAGCAGAAGUGGAUUCUUGAUAAAAAUCAGAUUGUCAGGUGUUGGGAAAUUCAUUUGGGUCUGGGGAGUGGGUGUGGGAGUGAUAAGAUUGGGGAAGCAUGGGCUGAGAGGAUGUUAUUCUCCAAAAAGGAUAUUCUAGAAAUGAGAAGGAAAGAGAAAGGGACACCAUGACCUAUGUGUGGGCACCAGAAAGUACAGGUUUGGGGGUCCUGGGACACUGCUUACAAACCAUAGAGCAUCUAGUUUUGACUGCAGAUUAUGGUUCAGUGACUCUGCGGUGGAGUUUUCCCAUUUCUUACAAGAUCCUAGGUGCUGCAGAUGCUGCUACCUAUCCACUCCACCCCCACACAUUAAAUAGCAAGGUCCCUGAAAGUGUUAUUCAAAUAUAAGGGGGCUCAAACCCAGACCCCAUGCUCCAUGGAUCUUCCUGCACUCAGGCAGUUAUGCUUGAGUUACGGAUUGUGGGUUCAAAGCACUUUGGCCCAAUGCCUAUAAAAUGCCCAUUUAGAAGAUAUACAAAAGCAUACUUCAAAAAUGUUAAACCCUCACAAACAGCUUUUCCCAAAAGGCCGUUUGUGUGAUGAUUACUUAUAUAAAUAUGCUUCCUGCUUCAAGAAAACUUGACCCAAGUGGCUAGCAAAUUAGAAACACCAUUCAUCUCUGACGUGAUACUGUUGCCAUGUAAAGACCUUUAAUAAGCCAUUUAAACUUACUGUGAGAUUGUACCUUUUACUCAUAUUUAAAAAUAUAUAGCUCAAAGGCAGUUAAACGGAUUAGUAUUCAGCCAUUGACAACGGCAAUAAUAGCAUAUGCUAUAUAAGCUCCUUAAUUAUCUACUACUUAGACUACUACAUUUACCUUAGAAAAUGAGAUUUCUCUUUGUUUCUCACUGUGGUGUUAUAAAUUUUCUUUUGAA